AUGUCUCCCGGAGGAGGAGGAGCGGAGGAGGUGACCUCCUGCACCGGGGACCGAGCACCGGGGACCGGGGACCGAGCACCGGGGACCGCGGACCGCACCGCCAACUUCCACCAACUUCCCCGUCCUGCACGCCCCUGGUCCGGCCAGCAGCCCGCACCGAGAGCCACAAGUGCUCCGGAUCCAACCGAGUCCCCGCUAAACACACAAAACCCCGGAGAUCAACACCCCGCGGGCCGGUACCGGGGCACCGGAGAGCCGCUCCGGGUCUCUCCCGGGAGCCGCCGGAGGGAAGCCGGAAAGCAGAGCUCCGUGUCGGCGGCAGUCCGAGCGGCUGGUCCCCCGGUCUGCUCCCGAAUGUCCCAGAGUCAGAGGACAGAGAGGAGACGGGGAGAGGCGGGAGACCGGGUCCGGUUCACGGUCCAGAGGAACUCCCCGAGCGGCCGAAUAUUCCAGAGGGGCACGCCGGAGAGCGAGCGGCACGGCCGGGGAGGGAGCGAGGCAGUCCGGGGGGGAGAGAGCGGGAAAGGUCCGGGGGGAGGACCGAGAGAAGCGAGAGAGUCCGGGCAGAGCACCGCGGCGGUCCGGGGAGAGAGAGGCUGUCUGGAGCCGCUUGUUGCUGGUUGGUGAAUUAUGGGGGUUAGAUUCUUCAUCUGCAGCUUGAAGAUGUUACAAACAUCCUCCUGUGGCGUCGAUGUUCUGGAACGAUCAACACAGAGAGAGAAACUGGGACUGGCAGCCGCUCAGACCCUUGAGCAGCUCAACUUGAAAAAGUUGGAUGGUUCAAAUUCCAC